AUGAGGAAUCCGGUUGUUCAUGGUGAAGAGCAAGUGAGAUGUCUUCCAAAGGAGAGGGAAGCACUGCUCCAAUUCAAGGCUGCCAUUGUGGAUGACUACGGCAUGCUCUCAUCGUGGACUACUCCUCACUGCUGCCAAUGGAAGGGGAUUCGUUGCAGUAACCUCACCGCUCAUAUUCUGAGUCUCGACCUUCAUGGAGAGUUUGUCGGCCUUCACUAUCUAAGUGGAGAGAUUCACAAGUCGUUGAUGGAGUUGCGACAAUUACAGUAUUUAAACCUCAGUUAUAAUUCCUUUAAAGACAGUCACAUCCCAGAGUUUAUUGGUUCCUUCAAAAACUUGAAAUACCUUGAUCUCUUUUCUUGUCGUUUUAGCGGAAAAAUUCCAAGUCAGUUUGGCUCUCUUUCUCAUUUGAAAUACUUAAAUCUAGCUGGGAAUUCUCUGGAGGGUUCUAUCCCUCGUCAGCUUGGAAAUCUCUCCCAGUUGCAGGAGCUCUAUCUUGGAGACAAUCCUUUUGAAGGAAAUGUGCCAUCUCAACUUGGUAAUCUCUUCCAGUUGCAGGUGCUUUCUCUUGGAGACAGUUCUUUUGAAGGGAAUGUACCAUCUCAGCUUGGAAAUCUCUCACAUUUGCAGGAGCUGUAUAUUAUAGGGUGUCAUGCUCUAAAACUUGAUGAUGGAGGUCAGUGGCUCUCAAAUCUCAUAUCUCUAACCCAUCUUUACUUGGAUUCAGUAUCAAAUCUUAAUCGUUCUCAUACUUGGCCGCAUGUGAUUGGAAAGCUACCUAAACUAAGAGAACUCGGUUUAAUUGAUUGUAGCCUUUCCGAUUAUUUCAUUUUGUCAUCUAGGCCUUUUAAGUUCAACUCUUCUACUUCCCUCUCGGUGCUUGAUCUUUCAUUCAACACCUUCACGUCACCGAUGAUAUUUGAGUGGAUCUCAAAUACCACUUCCAGUCUUGUUGAGCUUCACCUUAUUUCUAGCCUCCAGGAGGGUUCCACAUCAGGUCAUUUUGGUAUGGCCAUGAAUUCGCUUAGGUAUCUUGACCUCCGCUCUAAUACAUUAAAGGGCAGAGAUUUGAAAUCUUUCACGAAUAUAUGCACCUUGUAUUCUUUAAACUUGUAUAAGAACAAUUUGACAGAAGACCUCCCAUUCAUUCUUGAUCAUUUGUCUAGUGGUUGUGUUAGACACUCAUUGCGAGAAUUGGAUUUGUCAAAUAAUCACAUCACGGGAAAUUUGCCCGAGCUUUCAGUAUUUUCAUCUCUAAAAGCAUUGUUCCUCGAUCAAAAUCAUUUAAGUGGAGAGAUACCUCAAGACAUCAUAUUACCGCCAAAUUUGGAGUCUCUCUCAAUUCAAUGGAACUCUAUUGAAGGUCGAAUCCCAAAAUCAUUUGGAAAUGCAUGUGCUUUGUGUUUAUUGGAUAUGUCUUCUAAUAGUUUGAGUGAAGAGUUUUCGGUGAUAAUUCAUCACUUAUCUGGAUGUGCAAGAAACUCAUUACAAGAAUUGAGCUUACAAGGAAAUAAGAUUAAUGGUACAUUUCCUGAUCUUUCAAUAUUUUUAGCUCUGAAAAAAUUAGAUCUUACUGAAAAUCAAUUAAGUGGAAAGAUAUAUGAAGGUAGCAAAUUGCCACCUUCAUUGGAGUAUUUGUCUAUCCAAUUAAACAAGUUUGAAGGUGGAAUUCCAAAAUCAUUUGGAAAUGCAUGUGCUUUACGUUCACUAGAUAUGUCACAAAAUAGCUUCAGUGAAGAGUUUCCAAGGAUAAUCCAUCAUUUGUCUGGAUGUGCUAGAUAUUCAUUAGAAGAAUUAUAUAUAAACAAUAAUCAAAUUAAUGGAACACUGCCUGACUUCUCCAUAUUCACAUCUUUAAAAAGAUUAUAUCUUUAUGCAAAUAAGCUAAAUGGAGAGAUUCCUAAGAAUAUUCAAUUUCCACCCCAAUUAGAGAAACUCUACAUGGAUUCAAAUUAUUUAAAAGGUGUGCUCACUGAUUACAAUUUUGUUAAUGUGUCUAGGUUACAAGAAUUAUGUUUAUCUGACAACUCAUUAGCCUUGGAAUUUACCCAAAAUUGGGUUCCACCUUUUCAGUUAUUCUUUAUAGAAUUGAGAUCUUGCAAGCUAGGUCCAACAUUUCCCAAAUGGCUCGAGACACAAAAUAAAUUUCAUUCUAUUGACAUUUCAAAUGCUUCAAUAUCAGAUGUUGUUCCAGAAUGGUUUUGGGGUAAAUUAUCACUACAAGAAGGGAUGACCAUAGAUAUUUCAUACAACAAAUUACGGGGUAUAAUUCCAAAUAUUCCACAGAAGUUUCUUAUUGAUGAGAUGUCACUCAGAUCAAAUCAAUUUGAAGGUCCUAUUCCUCUAUUUCUACGAAAUUCUGGAAUCCUUGAUUUGUCUAAAAAUGAAUUCUCAGAUUCUACUUUGUUUUUAUGUUUGAAUGGUACAAUUGAGACUUUAUACCAAUUAGACAUAUCAAAUAAUCAAUUAUCUGGACAAAUUCCAGAUUGUUCACUACAAGAAAAUUUCUAUUUUGCUAGAGAAAUUAGCGAGGGAAAAUAUUUGUAG